AUGAGUUCAAUUCGACUGUCAUCCCGAUCCGACCGUGGAAUCAAGGACGGCCACAGAAGUACUGUGUUCUCGGACGAUCCCGAGGCUCUCCCUCUCGGUUGGCGCGACGAUACGGAGUCCAGUGGGAGCGGCGACAGGGACGAUGAUGCGACCGCUGAUGAAGAUACAAAGAAAAGAUUUCGAGCGAAAACAGAGUGGUGA